CGCGCCAGGCUGCUCUGGCUCACAAGGGAUGCUCGAGAAGCUGAACUUCUGAGAGGCUGCGGUGUAAGGCUGAGGGGCGCACAGAUGCAGACGCGGCUCCUAGCUGUACGGCGACUCUCAGGAAAGGGACUCUGGAAAGACCCCGAGUGAAUACUACGGCUAAAGUGAAAGCGGCACUCGGAACAAAAGCAAAGUACAGACUGGUCAACGGAGAAUGAGCAUUCAGAAGCGCCAGCUUCUAAAGAGAGGAUGAGCAGAGCCGAACCCAGAGGAGACCAACAACUCCUUUGCAAACUCUGCUGCUUCUGACCCUGUUCACAGUAGGCACCGAGUGCAGCCUCCCAAUUUCCACAGGCGCACAGACUGGGAGAGAAUCACUCGGAGCUUCCCUGACCCAGGAGGCUGGAUCAGUUCAAGGACUGACUCGAAUCCAGCAGCGGCAGGAAGAUGAACUCCACCCACCACCAUGGGAUGUAUACUUCCCUCCACCUCUGGAACCGUAGCAGCUACGGGCUGCUGCACGGUAAUGCCAGCGAGUCGCUGGGGAAGGGGCACUCAGACGGAGGAUGCUAUGAGCAACUUUUUGUCUCCCCGGAGGUGUUCGUGACUCUGGGUGUCAUAAGCCUAUUGGAGAACAUUCUAGUGAUCGUGGCGAUAGCCAAGAACAAGAACCUGCACUCCCCCAUGUACUUUUUCAUCUGUAGCCUGGCUGUGGCAGAUAUGCUGGUGAGCGUUUCGAAUGGGUCGGAAACCAUCGUCAUCACCUUGCUCAACAGUACAGAUACGGACGCCCAGAGCUUCACCGUGAACAUUGAUAAUGUCAUUGACUCUGUGAUCUGUAGCUCCUUGCUUGCAUCCAUUUGCAGCCUGCUUUCCAUUGCCGUGGACAGGUAUUUCACUAUCUUUUACGCGCUCCAGUACCAUAACAUUAUGACCGUUAGGCGGGUCGGGAUCAUUAUAAGUUGUAUCUGGGCAGCUUGCACGGUGUCGGGCGUUCUCUUCAUCAUUUACUCGGACAGCAGUGCUGUCAUCAUCUGCCUCAUAUCCAUGUUCUUCACCAUGCUGGUUCUCAUGGCCUCUCUCUAUGUCCACAUGUUCCUGAUGGCAAGGCUUCACAUUAAGAGGAUUGCUGUCCUCCCAGGCACAGGUACCAUCCGCCAGGGUGCCAACAUGAAGGGGGCAAUUACCUUGACCAUCCUGAUUGGAGUCUUUGUGGUCUGCUGGGCCCCAUUCUUCCUCCACUUACUGUUCUACAUCUCUUGCCCUCAGAAUCCAUACUGCGUGUGCUUCAUGUCUCAUUUUAACUUGUAUCUCAUACUGAUCAUGUGUAACGCCGUCAUCGACCCUCUCAUUUAUGCCCUCCGAAGUCAAGAACUAAGGAAAACCUUCAAAGAGAUCAUCUGUUUCUAUCCCCUGGGAGGCAUCUGUGAGUUGCCUGGCAGGUAUUAAGUGGGAGACAGAGGGUAUACUAAGUAGAGACCUGCAGACUUUGUCACUCUGGCACGACCUGAGCAGUGUACUUCUCAAUAGCUGCCUCUACUGUGUAGUGCUUCGGUUGAAAAUAUCUACUGUAUAAAUGUAAGUUUAUGACUUUUGACAUGGAAAAAAUAUCUCAACGUGUUAUGUUUGUUGACAUGCUAAUUUUUUUUGUUUGUAAAAUGCUUAUUUACAUUCUCUAUAGUGUGGGCGCUAUGGAUUUACAUGAAAGAAAAACAGACACCCUUAUUAAAACUUUGACAAUG